GUCCGUUAAAUUUGCGUGGCAGAUCGCAUCGCGGACGACUUCCUCACUUCUCUCCGAUCCCUAGUCGCCGCCCUCGAGGAAGGAGAAGGACGCCAUGGACGGCUUCUUGAUCCGCUUCGCCUUCUCGUUGUUGUUCUCCUUCUCCAUCGCUGCUCGAGCGCUGAAGCGCAAGUCCGUCGACUUCUCUGCGGUUUUCGUCGGGAUCCCCGCCAUGGUGAUCCACAUGUUGGCUGGAUACAGGUUCGCGGCUCUGCUUCUGGUGUUCUUCUCGACCUCGUCCAAGGUUACGAGGUUUGGACAGGAGAAGAAGAGGGGAAUCGAGGCGGACUUCAAGGAGGGAGGGCAGAGGAACUGGAUACAAGUACUGGCAAAUAGCUUAAUAGCCACAGUUUUGGUGGUGAUACUCACUAUAAAAACUCAAGGGCAGGAUAAGUGCUUGGAUACCGAAGACUCAACUGUAGUAACGGCUCUCUUGGGAGGUACUGUUGGACAUUACGCUUGUUGUAAUGGAGAUACUUGGUCUUCUGAAUUAGGAAUGCUUAGCAGUGACCAACCUCGGCUAAUCACAACCUUGAAGAAAGUCCGGAAGGGUACAAACGGCGCUGUCACUAUACAUGGACUCGUAGCGGCUAUAGCAGCAGGCUUGGCAAUUGGCAUCACAUUUGCGCUGAUCGGAUUGCUUACAACAGAAUGUUCACUAAAUGUCCUUUGGAGGCAACUGCUAAUUGUGCCCAUUGCUGCUGCUGCUGGUUUGAUUGGAAGCCUGAUUGAUUCUCUAUUGGGUGCGACCCUUCAAUUUAGUGGGUAUUGCACAGUACGCAAGAAGGUGGUAGGUAAACACGGUCCAACGGUGAUUAAGAUCUCUGGAACAAGUAUGCUAGACAACAAUGCUGUAAAUGCUGUCUCAAUACUCUUAACAACACUCGUCACCUCAAUCACAUGCUUAUACAUCUUUUAAACCGUAUCUUAAUUUUUUUUCCUCUUUGUUCCUAUCACCAUUCUCCACCUUGCUGUUUUAUUCAAUCUGGUGUAUUCCCAAAAAGUCAUUUGUACAUUGUAUUAUAGGAUGAGUAACUGUGUUAGUUUUCUGAGAUGUUCCCUUAGUGACGCUGUUAAUUUCAUUUUUCAUGACAAAGAAAAGAGAUGCUUUAUCAAUCCAA